CAAAUGCAGAAGUGGUUCUCAUCUUUUUUUGCAGCUUAAGAUCUGCCUUUGUAUUUGAAGAGAUCUAAACUAGAUCAACUUCUUUCACAGGAUCAGCUAAACAGUGUACCACAAUGAAUUCUGAACUUGACUAUUAUGAAAACUUUGAAGAAGUCCAUGGGAUUCUAAUGUAUAAAGAUUUUGUCAAAUAUUGGGAUAAUGUGGAAGCAUUCCAGGCAAGACCAGAUGAUCUUGUCAUUGCCACCUACCCUAAAUCUGGUACAACCUGGGUUAGUGAAAUUGUGUAUAUGAUCUAUAAAGAGGGUGAUGUGGAAAAGUGCAAAGAAGACGUAAUUUUUAAUCGAAUACCUUUCCUGGAAUGCAGAAAAGAAAACCUCGUGAAUGGAGUAAAACAAUUAGAUGAGAUGAAUUCUCCUAGAAUUGUGAAGACUCAUUUGCCACCUGAACUUCUUCCUGCCUCAUUUUGGGAAAAGAAUUGUAAGGUAAUCUAUGUUUGCCGGAAUGCAAAGGAUGUGGCCGUUUCCUUUUAUUAUUUCUUUCUAAUGGUGGCUGGUCAUCCAAAUCCUGGAUCCUUUCCAGAGUUUGUGGAGAAAUUCAUGCAAGGAGAGGUUCCUUACGGUUCCUGGUAUAAACAUGUAAAAUCUUGGUGGGAAAAGGGAAAGAGUUCACGUGUACUAUUUCUUUUCUAUGAAGACCUGAAAGAGGAUAUCAGAAAAGAGGUGAUAAAAUUGAUACAUUUCCUGGAGAGGAAGCCAUCAGAGGAGCUUGUGGACAAGAUUAUACAUCAUACUUCGUUCCAGGAGAUGAAGAACAAUCCAUCCACGAAUUACACAACACUGCCAGACGAAAUUAUGAACCAGAAAGUGUCGCCCUUCAUGAGAAAGGGAAUUAUAGGAGACUGGAAAAAUCACUUUACAGUAGCCCUGAAUGAAAAAUUUGAUAAACAUUAUGAGCAGCAAAUGAAGGAAUCUACACUGAAGUUUCGAACUGAGAUCUAAGAAGGGCUUUCUUUACUUAACAUAUCUGAUAUUAAAGAUUUCUUUUCAUUAUUCUCCACUUUUUCUUAUUUUAGAUUGCUAGAAAAGACAUAAUCACGGAUUAUGUUGACAUUUUCUUUUUAAAUUUUUGUUUAACAUUUUUUUUUUUUUUUUGAGACAGAGUCUCACUCUGUUGCCUAGGCUGGAGGACAGUGUCACAGUCAUGGCUGAUUGCAGCCUUGACCUCCUUGACUCAAGUGAUCCUCCCACCUCAGCCUCCCAAGUAGCUAGGACUACAACCAUGUGCAACCAUGCUUGGCUAAUUUUUUUUAUGUUUUAUUGUAGAGAUGAGGUCUUACUAUAUUGUCCAGGCUGGUCUUGAAUUCCUGGGCUCAAGCCUCCCAAGUAGCUGCAACAACAGGCACACACCACCAUGAUCAACUAAUCUUAUUUUUAUUUUUUAUAUAGACAGGGGCUUGCUAUAGUGUCCAGGCUGGUCUGAAACCCUUGAGCUCAAGUGAUCUCCCCACACCAGCUUCCCGAAAUACUGGGAUUACAGGCGUGAGCCACCAUGCCUGGCCCAGGUAACAUGUUUAUUGAGCUGUACAUAUAUAUGAGAAAUAAGAAACUUUUUUUUUUCCUACUAUCAUCUCUUAAAUUUUGUUUUCUUUUUCUUUUGCUUCCUCUUCUUCUUUUCUAUUUUUUAUAAAUAUCAUGCACAACUAUAACCUAUGGGAAUGAUGUAGUAACACAGAUUAUUCAUCUUAUUAAAGUUGUAUUAAAAAUAAACAUGCAUUUCAAAUUA